AUGGACUACUUAUCGAAUAUUAAUUGGAACAAAGUCACGCCAUGCCUUGUUUUAUUAGUGCUAGAAAUAUUUUUAGAAUUUUCAGAGUGCGCUACGCAAGCUGAAGUGAACAAACACCUGGAGCUAGGCAGGGAUUUCUUGGCUCGCGGACAGCUAUCUGAUGCUUUGACACAUUACCAUGCAGCUGUUGAGGGCGAUCCAAGCAAUUACCUUACCUAUUUUAAACGUGGCACAGUAUAUUAUGCAUUGGGCAAAGCAAAGUUUGCCCUGCAAGACUUCACUAAGGUGUUGGAGCUAAAGCCAGAUUUUACAACAGCUCGCUUGCAUCGGGCAAAUGUCUACCUCAAGCUAGCUAAGUACUGGGAUGCAAAGGAGGAUUAUUUACAAGUUACGUACAGCGACCCGUACAACACGGAGGCGGCCGCGCAGUUCCACCGCAUGGACGAGCUGGCCGAGGAGCUGCGGCUGGCCGAGGCGUACUACCGCGGCGGAGACUUCCGCGCCGCCGCCGACCUGGCCUCGCGCCUGCUCGAGCUCUCGCCCUGGGCGGCGCCGCUGCGCCAGCUCAGGGCCGAGAGCUACGUCGCGCUGAACGACCUUUUCUCGGCCGUGUCGGACAUCCGCUCCGUGAACAGGCUGCAGCAGGACUCGACCGAUGGCUACUAUCGGCUCGCCACUCUUCUCUACCAGCUGGGACAUGUCAGCGAUUCUCUAAAGGAAAUCCGUGAAUGUUUGAAACUGGAUCCGGAGCACAAAAAAUGUUUCCCAUUUUAUAAGAAAGUGAAAAAAGUGGACAAAUUACUACUGGACUGUGAGCAGUACAGUGAAUCCCGUGACUUUACCAGAUGCAUAGAAAACGCAAACAAAGUGCUCAAGAUAGAGGAGGAAGUAACUCUUGUUGUGUUUGAAGCUAAGAAGUGGCUUUGCAGCUGUUACGCUAAGGAGGAGCUGUACACGGAGGCGGUGGGGGCGUGCGGGGCUGCGUUGGCGCUGCAGAGGGACGCCAGGGUGCUCUGCGACAGGGCUGACGCGCUGCUCGGCCUCGACAUGUUCGAUGACGCCAUACAGUCAUUCAAAGAAGCUUUAGAACUAGAGGAAGGUCUUCAACGGGCCAAAGAUGGUCUCAGCAGAGCGCAGAAGCUUCAGAAGCAAUCUGAGCAGAGGGAUUACUACAAAAUAUUGGGUGUUAAGAGGACUGCGAGCAAGCAGGAGAUAAUAAAGGCGUACCGCAAGGCGGCGCAGAAGUGGCAUCCGGACAACUUCCAUGGAGACGACAAGAAGGUUGCCGAAAAGAAGUUCAUUGACAUUGCAGCCGCUAAAGAGGUACUGACUGAUGCAGAGAAGAGAGCGCAGUUCGACGCCGGCACGGAUCCCUUGGACCCUGAGGCGCAAAGAGGAGCACCCUUCCACAGCCCCUUCCACCACUUCCAGCACGGGAGCCCGUUUCAGUUUAAAUUCCACUUCAAC